AUGGAAACGAAGCAAGUAUUACUUCACACAACCUCUCAUAUCUCUCUCUUUUUCUGUUUUCUUUUCCAUCUCCCAUUUUUUUCUCCAGUGGAGUCUUCUAUGGGUCAAAAGAAAACAUUGUUCGUUUGCGUUGUUUUAAUGAUGGUGCUUUUUAAUGGGUUUAAUUGCGUCCAUGGACGAACCCUAAGAAACAUGAAAGUUGAUGAUAAGAUGAAUGUUGGUCAUGAUGAUAGCAAGACGAUGAAGGCUAUGAACAACGAUCUGAUAGUUGAUGAAAAGGCGGUCCAGCUCUCGCAGCCACCUCCGUCGCCACCACCGGAAGGUAAAUAUGCAGAAGAUUUCAGGCCUACAACACCUGGUCAUAGCCCUGGGAUUGGCCAUAGUUUAUCGCACAACUAAACUAAACAUUUCUAUGCAAUGGUUAAUCCACAUAUGCAUGUGUAUAUGUGUACUUGUGAUUUGUAAACGUAUGAUUUACUAUUGUCUUUUAAUCAUGUGCAUGCAGUUCCACUUAUAAUACGUACGUAACGAUGUUCGAUGAAAAAAAAUCUUCAAUUUACUUCUUGGAAUACA